UAUGCAGACAGCUUUGGCGGCCUUAUGUUAUUUUUGUGAAAAUCAUGGACCUAGAGUAGUUUUUACCUGUCAACCGAUGCGAACUUCAGACUUGGAUUUGGAAGGACUAGAAAAGGCAAAAUGUUCUUCUAAUUUUGAUGACUCCACCUUCUCUUUGGACGGUAUACCCUAUUUUUGUAAUGACCUUUAUGGUGGUAAUGAAAUUGUAGAUGAUGAAUUGAGAUGUGCAGCUUGUUCUUCUUUUGCUCAAGGAAUGGGGCUUUUGUCUGAUACUAGUGAUGAAGAAAUUAGUUAUGUUAGUUCUCAGGUUCCAAUUAAUGAACGUUUAAAUCAAAUACUCAAGCAGGCUAGUUUGCGUUCACUUAGUGUUGAGGUCUCUGCCCCAUUCGUUGCAGCUUGUACUUCAUCUCAAUCAUCCCCUCAAUUGACUACUUCUUCGACUAAUUCUUCAAAUUCUCAAAAGGAUAACGAUGAAAUUUUCUUUGGUUAUUCAACGAGUGACACUGAACAUGAUGGUGUUGUUCUUUUUGGUGACGAUGAAAAUUGGUAUACUCUCUCUUACACUUUUAGAUUGAGAGAUGCUAAGGCUAGAGGAUUUCAUCGAAGUUAUUCUUUAGUAGUUGUUUGUAUGGAUAAAUUGCUUCUGCUUAGACAUUAUGAUUUUCUUACCAAUAGUCUUUGCUCUAUUGUUUCUAAAUUACAGGAAAUAACCAACACAUUUUUUAUUUAUGAGCAAGCUCAAGACUCAGAAUUAAGAUUAGCAUCAAAUGUCAAAAAUGCUCAUUGGUUACCACACCAGUUUUAUCCUAGACAAUAUGCUGUAGAUACUUCUAGAAGUCUUAAAAUAAUUACAAAUGAUGAAAAUAUUUUUACUUUAUUGCAUAGUCAGAUGAUUUCUUUGCUAAAAACUUUGACUUCACUUGAUAAAGACAUUUUACUUGAAGGAUGCCCUACACAAGAAAUGCUUUUUAUGACAGAAUUAAGUGUUUGUGGUUCUUUAGAAGAAAAAGAAUUAAUUAAUCAACUUUCAUCGAAACAAACAUUAAUUCAAUUAGACGAUUUACGUUAUAUUGCUCAAACUUUGGCUGAACAAGAUUCGGCUUUGUUAAAUGCGUUAAUUUGGCAAAUAAUUAUUGGUGAACAGAUUGUUGUUAAAUGUAAUUCUUUAAUUGCUCGUCAACAAUUUAUACAUUCACUUGUUCAAUUAUUACCAAUUGGAUGUGUUCGAUUAGAUGCAAAUGCUACUCAAUAUUAUCAUUCUUAUAAAUAUAAUUUUCUUGGUUGUUCACCAGAAAUUGAAAUUCCUUCAAAUUAUCUUUCAAAUAUAUUUUUAUUAAUACUUUCUGAAAAUGAUAAAAAAGAGAAAGAAUUAAAUGAUGAUAAACAAGAAGUACAAACAACAAAUUUAAAUAAAUUUAAUAUUUUUGUUGGAAGUUUUCCUCAAAGAAAGGAAUCAGAAAAGCCAACUUUAGUUAAACGAUAUAAUUCAAUGAUUAAUGGUUUUACUCUUGAAAGUGCUCUACGUGCUACAAGAAAUGAAUGGCUUAAUAAUGUUAAAUUAAUUUUUCAAUUGAGACAUCAACGUGAGACUAUAGAUCUUCAAAGAAUUAUGCGUAUAAUUAAAUGUCGAUCACAAGAUUCUCCAGUUAUUUUAUUUUGGCAAAAAGGACUUUCUAAAAGAUAUAAACAUUUGGUUCUAAAAAUGGCAAAAUUUAAUGAAAAUGGAGAAGAGAAUGGUUCGAAUUGUUUUUCUAAAAAGACACAAACAUCAAAAAAGAAUAAAAAGGAAGAGGACAUGAUGGUUGAUAAUUGUAAUGUGUAG